CCAUGGGCCCCGGGAGGGAGAAAAGAGGCGGGUACGUUGGGCAGGUGGCCCACAAAGAAGGAGCGAGGAGGAGCCAACGGAGAGGCCUUUCUUGCGGAAAGAAGGAAAACGGAGAGGGAUGACGUUGGUGGCAGUGGAGGAGAAGGAGGCCGAGGCCAAGAGAUCCCUUCUCCCUUCUCUGCGUAGCCUUCUCGCUCUUGGAAGCAGACCCAAAAGCGUAGCUGUCAUGAAGAUUUUUGGCCGCCUGGAGUAUUUCCUGGAUUUCUCGUAUGAUGACUCCAAAGUGGAAUUCAACGUCGAUGCCCCCAACGGGGUGGUGAUGGAAGGCUACCUCUUCAAAAGGGCAAGCAACGCUUUCAAGACCUGGAACCGGAGGUGGUUCUCCAUACAGAACAGCCAGUUGGUGUACCAGAAGAAGCUAAAGGAUGUCCUCACGGUGGUGGUGGAAGACCUCCGGCUUUGUACCGUCAAGCCCUGUGAAGAUAUAGAGAGGAGGUUCUGCUUCGAAGUUGUGUCUCCCACUAAAAGCUGCAUGCUUCAGGCCGAUUCGGAGAAACUGCGCCAGGCGUGGAUCCAGGCGGUUCAAGCGAGCAUCGCCUCUGCGUACCGAGAGAGCCCGGACAGCUGCUACAUCGAAGUGAGUUGAUGCCAGAGACAGGAAAUGAGCUCACUUUGAAAACAA